AUGCAGAACGAAGAUAGUUCGGUAUGUGCUUGGGAGGAAGUCGUAACGAAGAUCCAUAAAAGCUCUCUAAAGGAAAACAAUUUAUCUGAUAACGUUGAUCAGUUGACUGCAAAAUGGGUUAAAUUGAACUGUGCUUACGAGGUGGGAAGUGUGGUACCCAGAGGAGAACUCUAUGCUAGUUAUGUCGACGAUCUUAGACACCGUUAUAGUGCCCUCUCUGGUUCUGUUCAAACAUUCACAAAUAUUUUAAGAGCAGUAUUUCCGAAUGUUGUACUUCGACUUCAGUCAUCAUCUGCGAACAGUUUGCCAGUUUUUGAGAAUAUUAAAAUGUGCAAGCCGCAUUCGAACACAUGUAAUCAUGAAAGCCCUCUUGCAUCCACGAAUACAUGUGCGCAUACAUCUCUGGUUGCGAAUCAUCCACUUGUGCAAAAAAUGUUAGCAGACAAUAUGAAUACACCGACGAUAUUAAACGGACAUGCAAUCGCACUAGUCGCUUCUGCUCCAGUCAUUGACACCAACGUGCCGAAAGAAGCGAUUGCCAGUACUCGAACAAAUUUGCCAGCAUCGAAUUUUUCUGAAGGUUCGACGCGAUCUAGUUUUUUGAGCGUAACAAGUGUACAACCUGCAACAAGUUUGUCACCAGGACAACAGGUACAGACGCAGCUGAUAGCUAAGAGUGUUGUGGUAAAAUGUCUCAAUGGUGAGAAACACUCUGCUAAUAAUGAAAGUGUUGAGAAUGGUUUUGGUAGUAGUGAAUUAACGCAAUUUCGUGUUGUUGGUCAAGUAUCAAAUGGGAAUCCGCCAUCGAAUUUUCAUGAAACAUGCGACGAGACUCAAAUGAUUCAACAACCAUCAACUUCGACCAUGACAACUGUUCGAGACUACUGCUCUGCAUCAUUUGUUUCUGAUUCCCCAGUUUCUCUUAAACGACGGAAAGUGUCAGUAUGUACGAAUACUUCACCAACAACAUCUACAGCCAAUGUUGAAAAUUAUUUAUGCGAAUGGAAUGGAUGUGGAAGGCACUUCUCAUCAGCAUGUUUUGUUCUUUACCACUGCACCAAGGAACAUUUGCAUGAAAGUCGUAGCAUGCAAUGCCGUUGGCCACGGUGUGAUUCAACUGUACGCACUAAGUGGUCGAUGGUAACGCAUUUACAAGAUCAUCAUUGUAGUGAAGAAGCAUUAAAGACUGCAGCCAGGAAGCGAAGCGAAGGCAGUGGGGUAUCUCUAAAACCAGUCAGUCCAGAAAGGCCACGAGAGGCUGUGCAACACCCGGGAUAUUCUAAAAAUGCUGCUGUUGAAGCUAUUCGGCGCCAUGCUUUUAAUUACCUUCCUCGUGAUAUUACUGACGAUCCUGAAGGGCCUGUAACGAAGAGCAUAAGAUUAACCAGUUGUCUGAUUUUAAGAAAUUUAGCUCGUUAUUCAAACGAUGCAAGGCGACUUCUUCGUCGUCACGAAUCCUUGCUCAGUUGGCUCUCACUAUCACGAGUGGAAAGUAGUUCUGCAUUAGCCCAACUUCUUGCUGAGUUAUAUUCGCAACCCCAUUCUCGUAGAAGUUCACCUCAUCGUCCUACUUCUGUACCUACUGCACUGGAUGCUGUAAAAGUUUCAAAAGCCUUGUAA